AUGCCAGCCGUCCGAGGAGAUGGCAUGCGUGGAUUGGCGGUCUUCAUAUCGGAUAUCAGGAACUGUAAAAGCAAAGAAGCUGAGAUCAAGAGAAUCAAUAAGGAAUUAGCGAAUAUUCGCAGUAAAUUUAAAGGAGACAAAACACUCGACGGCUACCAGAAAAAGAAAUAUGUGUGCAAGCUGUUGUUCAUUUUUCUUCUUGGCCACGACAUCGAUUUUGGACAUAUGGAGGCUGUCAAUUUGCUGUCAUCGAAUAAAUAUUCAGAGAAACAAAUUGGUUACCUUUUCAUAUCGGUCUUAGUGAACACCAACAGCGAUCUGAUCAAGUUGAUCAUACAGAGUAUAAAAAAUGAUCUCGCAUCGCGCAACCCGAUUCAUGUGAACUUGGCGCUGCAGUGCAUUGCUAAUAUCGGUAGCAAAGAGAUGGCGGAGGCUUUCGGGAAUGAAAUUCCGAAACUACUCGUGUCAGGAGAUACUAUGGAUGUUGUGAAGCAAAGCGCCGCAUUAUGCCUGUUGCGGCUGCUACGAACUGCCCCCGACGUCGUUCCUGGAGGCGAGUGGACGUCUCGCAUAGUCCAUCUGUUAAACGAUCAGCAUUUGGGCGUCGUCACGGCCGCGGCAUCGCUCAUAGAUGCUCUCGUGAAGAGAAAUCCCGAGGAAUACAAAGGCUGCGUCAGCCUCGCAGUUUCGAGAUUAAGUAGAAUUGUCACGUCGAGUUAUACAGAUCUGCAGGAUUACACAUAUUACUUCGUACCGGCUCCUUGGUUAUCCGUCAAGUUGCUGCGUUUGUUGCAGAACUAUACGCCUCCAGCCGAAGACCCAGGUGUAAGGGGUAGACUGAACGAGUGUCUAGAGACCAUACUGAACAAAGCUCAAGAGCCACCAAAGUCGAAGAAGGUGCAGCAUUCGAACGCGAAGAAUGCCGUGCUCUUCGAAGCCAUUAGUUUAAUUAUCCACAACGAUAGCGAGCCAAACCUCUUAGUGCGCGCGUGUAAUCAACUCGGUCAGUUCUUGUCGAAUCGCGAGACCAAUUUGCGAUAUUUGGCACUCGAGUCUAUGUGCCAUUUGGCCACUUCGGAAUUCUCACACGAAGCCGUGAAGAAGCAUCAAGAGGUAGUCAUAUUGUCGAUGAAGAUGGAAAAGGAUGUCUCAGUGCGACAGCAAGCGGUGGACCUGCUAUACGCAAUGUGUGAUAAGAGCAACGCCGAAGAAAUAGUCCAGGAGAUGUUGAACUACUUGGAGACAGCUGACUACUCGAUCAGAGAAGAGAUGGUCCUCAAAGUGGCGAUUCUAGCCGAGAAAUAUGCGACCGAUUACACCUGGUAUGUCGACGUCAUCCUUAAUCUAAUCAGGAUAGCAGGCGAUUAUGUGUCCGAAGAAGUCUGGUAUCGAGUUAUACAAAUCGUCAUUAACCGAGACGACGUUCAAGGUUACGCCGCUAAAACAGUCUUCGAGGCCCUGCAAGCGCCCGCCUGUCAUGAGAAUAUGGUCAAGGUCGGUGGCUAUAUACUCGGAGAAUUUGGUAAUCUCAUCGCUGGCGAUCAACGGUCUUCUCCAGCUGUUCAGUUUCAACUACUACAUUCCAAAUAUCAUCUGUGCUCCCCUAUGACUCGAGCGUUGUUGCUUUCGACGUACAUCAAGUUUGUGAAUCUCUUCCCUGAAAUUCGAAGUCAGAUACAGGAUGUCUUUAGGCAGCACAGUAACCUGCGCAGCGCGGAUGCCGAACUGCAACAGAGAGCGUCAGAAUACUUACAACUGAGCAUCAUUGCCUCGACCGAUGUUCUGGCCACUGUGUUAGAAGAGAUGCCGGCGUUCCCCGAGAGAGAAUCCUCUAUUCUCGCAGUCUUAAAGAAGAAGAAGCCAGGUCGAGUACCGGAGAACGAGAUCAGGGAGAGCAAGAGUCCAGCGCCAAAUGCCAAUCACCACAUUGAAGCUCCUGCCGCUACAGCAACCGCGACUGUCAACAACACUUCCGCCGAUCUGCUAGGAUUGUCAACUCCACCCUCCUCCCAGCCAACUAGCAAUACAGGUGUAUUGCUUGAUGUUUUGGGAGACAUUUACAACAUGCCAAACAAAGUUGGUGCUACCAAUGGUGCCCAAAAUACAUAUAAUCCUAAAAAGUUCGUCUGUAAGAAUAACGGUGUCUUGUUUGAGAAUGACUUGAUACAAAUCGGCGUGAAGUCCGAGUUCAGACAAAAUCUCGGACGAGUCGGUCUUUUCUAUGGGAACAAAACGCAGUACGCAUUACACAGUUUUCAGCCGCAGCUCUCUUGGACGGAAGAGAAUCAGGCCAAGUUGGCGGUACAAGUGAAGCCGAUCGAUUCUGUAUUGGAAGCUGGCGCACAGAUCCAGCAAAUGAUCAAUGCGGAAUGUGUUGACGAUUAUAGCGAUGCGCCGAGUAUGCUUAUUUCCUUCAUUUACAAUAAUGUGCCACAGAAAAUCACCAUGAAGUUACCAUUAACGAUUAACAAGUUCUUCGAGCCGACGGAAAUGAACGGGGAGUCAUUCUUCGCAAGAUGGAAAAACCUAGGCGGAGCGAAUCAGCAACGCUCGCAAAAGAUCUUCAAAGCGCAACAACCGAUGGAUCUAGCGCAAGUGCGUACGAAAUUGCAAGGUUUUGGGAUGCAAUUACUCGACGGCAUUGACCCGAAUCCCGAUAACUUUGUGUGCGCUGGAAUUGUUCAUAUGAGAGCGCAACAAGUAGGCUGCCUGUUGCGUCUGGAACCUAAUAAACAAGCGCAGAUGUUUCGCUUAACGGUGCGUUCAAGUAAAGAAUCUAUGUCGGUAGAAAUCUGUGACCUGCUGGUGGAUCAGUUCUAAGCGGCCUAGCAGGCGUGAAUAUCGACGAAAAAUAAAAUAUCACGUCGUGAGAGGACACAUUGUUACUGCAGGAGGGUGUCAUCUCGCUCGUCGUUCAAAAAGAUAACUGAUGAUUAUUUGUUAAGAGAUAUUUGCGCGUUGUACCCAAGCUUACACUCACGACGCUCUUAUGAGAUCUAUAUCUCCGUGUAGGUAGUUCCGUGUCAUCGUGUAUCGGUCAUUUGUCGAGAAUGGCAUAGAGGUUUGCGAGAAUCAGGACCAUCGAAAUCGAUCACACGCGGAAAGAACGAAGGACAUAAAGUGGCUAUGAUAGACAGUAUUAUCGCAUAAUCGAGGGUAGUGAGGAUGUGGGUUUAUUUUAACGGAUCCGCGCCUCGUAUUGUAUGUCUACGAUAUAUACGCGGAUGCAAGUGCGACGCUGAGAAAGAAAGAGGGAAAAGAAAAGAAAACUAGAUACCUUAGCUGAGCAUGUACGUAUAUUAUAGAACCACUCGAGUCGCAUCACAGAAA